AGGGGGAGGUUACUGGCGGCGGCGGCGGCGGCGGCGGCCCGGGCUGGGGCUGUCGGGGAAGCUGCUGAGCUGUGAUGGUGAUGACGAGGUGAAAAUGGCGGAUCUUUCGAAAUACAAUCCCGGCCCCUGACAUACCGGAGGCGGCGGCCGCGGCGGCGUCGCCCCCCAGGCUCCCUGCUCGGCCCCCUGGGCCCCUGCAGCGCUGCAGUUCUGGCACACUGGGGAAGGAAGCUGCCGGCCGGAGCUACAGUGCUCGGGCAAAACAAGCACCGCCCGGGCUUGGGAUUGCCCGGGACCUUCUGGAACCCCCACCUCUGAGCCGGAGGAAGGAGAAAGCGGCAGCCGCUGGAGCACCUGAUCAAUUUUCUAGCAGGAGAACGAUCAUGGAGGUGGUGCCAGCUGAGGUGAAUAGUUUGCUUCCAGAGGAGAUAAUGGACACUGGUAUAACGUUAGUGGAUGACGAUAGUAUUGAGGCUGUCAUUGUUUCAUCCCCAAUUCCCAUGGAGACUGAACUGGAAGAAAUUGUCAACAUUAAUUCUACUGGUGAUUCUACAGCUACACCCAUUUCUACGGAACCAAUCACAGUGUACAGUAACCACACUAACCAAGUUUCGGUGAAUACCACAAUUACUAAAGCAGAUUCUAAUACCACAGUGAAACCAACUUUUCCAAGUGGCCUUCAAAAACUUGGUGCUCAGACUCCUGUGACUAUAUCAGCCAAUCAGAUUAUUUUAAAUAAAGUAUCACAGACUUCUGAUCUUAAACUUGGCAAUCAGACCCUUAAACCAGAUGGACAGAAGUUAAUUUUAACAACUUUGGGCAAGUCUGGUUCACCAAUUGUUUUAGCACUACCCCAUAGCCAACUACCCCAGACUCAGAAAGUUACAACACAGGCCCAGUCAGGAGAUGCUAAGUUACCAUCGCAGCAAAUUAAAGUAGUUACCAUUGGAGGGAGGCAAGAGGUGAAACCUGUCAUUGGUGUCUCAGCAUUGACCCCAGGAAGUCAACUGAUUAAUACUUCAACACAACCCUCUGUGUUACAGACCCAACAGUUAAAAACAGUACAGAUUGCUAAGAAGCCUCGAACACCAACCUCUGGUCCAGUAAUCACGAAGCUGAUCUUUGCAAAACCAAUUAAUAGUAAAGCAGUUACAGGACAGACAACUCAAGUAUCACCACCAGUCAUUGCAGGAAGGGUUCUUUCACAGUCUACUCCUGGGACUCCAUCAAAGACCAUAACAAUAUCUGAAAGCGGUGUUAUUGGAUCAACUUUAAAUUCUACAACACAGACACCAAAUAAGAUAGCCAUCUCACCUUUGAAAUCACCAAAUAAGGCUGUGAAAUCAGCUGUGCAGACCAUCACUGUUGGAGGUGUGAGCACAUCGCAAUUUAAGACCAUUAUUCCUCUGGCAACAGCUCCCAAUGUCCAGCAGAUUCAAGUGCCUGGAAGCAAGUUUCAUUAUGUCCGACUGGUUACUGCCACAACCGCCAGUAGCUCAACCCAACCAGUUAGUCAGAACCCCAGUACAAACACUCAGCCUCUUCAGCAAGCAAAGCCUGUGGUUGUUAACACCACUCCAGUUCGGAUGUCAGUUCCAAUCGUCUCAGCACAGACUGUCAAACAAGUUGUUCCAAAACCCAUCAACCCCACUUCACAGAUAGUCACUACCAGCCAGCCACAGCAGCGGCUUAUCAUGCCUGCUACACCACUGCCACAGAUCCAACCAAACCUCACUAACCUGCCACCAGGCACUGUGCUGGCACCGGCCCCUGGAACAGGGAACGUGGGAUAUGCGGUGCUCCCUGCGCAGUAUGUUACUCAGCUACAGCAGUCUUCAUAUGUAUCUAUCGCAAGCAACUCUAACUUUACUGGAACACCUGGUAUCCAGACCCAGGCAAGGCUUCCCUUCAAUGGCAUAAUGCCGUCCGAGUCUGCCAGUCGACCCAGAAAGCCCUGUAAUUGUACAAAAUCGCUGUGCUUGAAAUUAUACUGUGAUUGCUUUGCAAAUGGUGAAUUUUGCAACAAUUGUAAUUGUACUAAUUGUUAUAAUAAUUUGGAACAUGAAAAUGAAAGGCAAAAAGCAAUAAAGGCAUGCCUUGACAGAAAUCCGGAAGCUUUUAAGCCUAAGAUAGGAAAAGGAAAGGAGGGAGAAUCAGAUCGACGUCACAGCAAAGGAUGCAAUUGCAAAAGAUCAGGAUGCCUUAAGAACUACUGUGAAUGCUAUGAGGCAAAAAUAAUGUGUUCCUCAAUAUGCAAAUGUAUUGGCUGUAAGAAUUUUGAAGAAAGUCCAGAAAGAAAGACAUUGAUGCACUUGGCAGAUGCUGCUGAAGUAAGGGUGCAGCAGCAAACUGCAGCGAAAACCAAGCUGUCCUCUCAAAUUUCAGACUUGCUUACUAGGCCAGCACCAACUUUGAGUAGCGGAGGAGGAAAAUUGCCAUUUACAUUUGUAACCAAGGAAGUAGCUGAAGCCACAUGUAAUUGCCUUCUUGCCCAGGCAGAACAAGCAGAUAAAAAAGGAAAAUCAAAAGCAGCAGCUGAACGGAUGAUUCUGGAGGAAUUUGGAAGAUGUUUGAUGAGUGUCAUCAACUCUGCAGGAAAAGCAAAAAGUGACCCUUGUGCAAUGAAUUGCUAACUCUGGCAAAUAAGACUGACAUGUGGAGCAAUACAGAAAAUUUUGGUGCAGGAACACUUGAUUUUCUGGAAGAGAACUUAACAAUUAUUGUAUUGUUAAUUCAGUUCUUGUGAGACCUGAAAUAUUAUUGAAAAAAAUUUUAAAUAAGGAAAUUAGUACAUUUAAACUCUUGGUUCAGUCUGCUUAUGGCCCCUUCUAAAUUGAAUUUUUAUGUAUUAUAUAGAUUUUUUUUAUUUAUUGGGUUUCUUUACAAUUAGAUGUCCUAUCCUUCUGAUUCUACUGACAAAGAACCUUUAUAAAUUCCUAUAAUUUAUAUUGUAUGGCGCUGUAUGACUUUGUUCUAGUAGGAAAAUUACCAGAUAGGCAUUGGUGUUACCCACUCAUUCUUUGGUACUACCUAGAAUACAAGCAGAUAGAAAACCUACACAAAUUCUUAUAAAACAUACUCACAUAACCUUUUGUGUUUAAAAAAAAAAACACUAUCUUUUAAAAAAAAGUCAACUUUUUAGGUUGAUGCUGGAAUAUUAUCAGAAGAGAAAUAUCAGAAGGGGAAGUAACCUGUAGGUACGCUUUUAAAAUAAAGACUUUUAAAAAAUAUACUAAAAGUGUUAAAAGAGUAAAUUCUCAAAAAUUGGGUAAUGUUUCCGCACUAACGUGUGAGUAAGAAAUGCUCUGGUAUGUUUUGAUUUUGUUUCAAGGAGAUGGUAUUUGAAAUGAUAAGUCAUCCAAGUGAUUGCUGGGUACUACUAAAAUGAAAGGUGCACAUAGGUUGAUGUGAACAUAGUAAUAACAUUAGAAACAUCAUCAGGUUUAAGAUUUGUCUUAGACUGAGAAAGAAUAUUGAAGCUCUAAGAGAUGAAUUUAGGGAACUUCCUUUUUUUCAUUGAUGUAAAAGCUCUCUUUAGAUUUUUGAACCUAAGAGGUUUUAAACCAAUAUAUGACACUUACUUGAUUUACUGAAAAGGGCCUCCAACAAAACUUUCAAAAAAUAUCAUGGGGUUUCUUUUUAUGAAGGAAGCUUAACAUGGCAUUACUUUUAGUCAGUGGCUUGGUAAGCUGAAGAUACGAGGGGUUUUGUUUUUGUUUUUUGUAAUUACUAAAAUAGCUAAAUCAUUUUCAGUAAUUCAAAAGCUUUAUGAAUUUAAGAUUCUUUUAUGUCAAGAAAAAAACCAUGUUGGAAUUCAGGCAUUUUGUUAGGUACCUUAGUCCUGAGUAAUUAUUAGUAUAUAAUUAUUGCAUUUCCUACAAAGAAUAUAUAGUUAUAUGUAUUAAGUGUGUAUAUAUGUUCAUAUGAACAUUCAAGAUAUAGGCAAUAGAAAUUUAGUAGUUCAAAAGGGGAUUCCGUUAUUAAAGUAUCUUCCUUUUGAAAUUUGGAUUUAUAAAAUGAUGUGCAGUAACUUUAAUUGUAGAUAGUGCAAACAUUCUUAGCACCUCACUAUAGUAUGUUUAAAAUUUGUAUAAAUGUAAAUUAGUGUAAGGAUAAAUAAUAUCUAAUCAAGUUAUUUUUCAAAGGAUUACAAUACAUUUUUGGUCUAUACCUAAACUUUGUUCAUUUUGUACAUACUCUGUGUUUAAUUCUAAUUGCACCUUGUGAUGUGUAUUUAUAUAUACAGUGUGCAGAAAAUGUUUGUGAAAUUUGGAAUACAAUUGUAGAUUAUGUAUGAUGGCAUUGCUUGAGAAUGUUUUGCUUGUAAAAAUUGAAGGUGCAAUCAAAUGCUACUAGUUUUUCUGAUUUUUAAGAAACUAAACUAUUAAGCCUUU